UAAGCAUAAAUUUAUCGCGCACACAGGAAAGGAGAACUACAAACAUGAUUAGUUCAAAUAACACAGAGCUUGUAGAAAGACACGAUAUUACUAUCGAGCUUCAAUAUGCGGGACAUUUAUUUGCUUGGGAUAAUCUCCAUACUUGCAAUCCUGAGUAAAGUAGCAGUGUCGACAAUUACGUUGAGAUGCACUGAUGGCGAUUACUACUCCCGUAAUUGUACAUAUAAAGGAGUGCAAAUCACUGAAUUAUUCAGUGAUGUGUCUUUCAGUACAAGCCAUUACAACAUACCAUAUUAUUUCAAGUUCAUUGAUUCUAGCAUGAUUGAAAUUCCGAAAAAGAUAUUCGAAGUAUACAACUCGGUUCAACAGCUCAAUGUAGCGAAUUGUAACAUCACAACAGCCAACCGAUACACAUUUGAAAGAGCCUCAUCGCUGCUUAUUCUCAAUAUGUCUACCAACAAUCUGAAUGAACUUGAGAACUAUAUUUUUGCUGGUGCUAGCCGACUAACUUUACUGGACCUGAGCAACAACAAUAUAUCAAAUAUUAACGAGAAAGCAUUUUCCAACUUAGCCGCUUUACAGUCAUUGUUUUUAUCCAGAAAUCGUUUGAAAAAACUGGCAGAUAACACAUUUGCUCCAUUGAGUAACAUUCGCAAACUCAGUUUAGCGAGAAACGAAUUGGAAAUCUUGCAAUCUGAACUUUUCGCUAUGAACACAUUGAUGACAAUGAUUUUCAUGCAACACAAUCAGCUCGUUCUGUUGGACAAGGACCUGUUUAAAAACGUGGAAGCAAUGGAGUAUUUGUGGCUCGUCAAUAAUAGUUUAACUAGUUUAGAACUCAGUGAUUUAAAAGUAAAAAGAAUAAAUAUUAUGCAUAAUAAGCUCAAGCUAUUGAAAAUUAAUGCUGACGUUGAAGAGCUGUAUGCUGGCUAUAACAACAUUACAGAGAUUGAGGUCAAGAACGAAGGCGGCUCCCAACUUAGAACAUUAGAUUUAUCAUCGAACAAUUUGAGCACUCUAAACAUUCUCAAUAACAUUGCAUCACUAAAAUUUUUGGAUUUGUCCCACAAUCCAAUUGGACCGUUGAAUUUAACAAGUUUUUCAAAACUAACAGAGCUGCAAGACUUGAACCUUGAGGACACCGGCAUUUCCAAUCUUCAGCAUGGUACGUUUGCACAGCUGAGCUCACUUAAACGACUUGAUAUCUCAUAUAACAACCUAAAUCGCAUUGAUUUGGAUAUUUUUACUUCCUCUCACUUGAUGGAAGAAAUGUUUAUUGAAGGAAAUCGACUCAAGGAACUGAAUUAUGAGGAGAUCAAGAAAAUCUUUCCUGCACUAUCGAAGAUCAGCAUCGCCGACAACAACUGGAAUUGUUCAUAUUUGACAAAAAUGAUUCGCAGCAUGAACAGCCUGUUAAUUGUCGUAGGAGGCUUCAAAUCAGAAUCACUGAUUGCCGAUCGCACAAAUGUGAAGGGAAUUUACUGUACGGAUGAUAAGAAUGCGAUAACAAGUUGGAACCAAACUGCCAAGCACAUGGAUAAAUAUUUGAACGAUUCUGCACCACCUCUUGUGGACGUCAGUGAAAUCAAAGAAAUAAUGAAAAAUGCCAUCGAUGAAGUUAGUCAAUUCAAUGAACAACGAUCGUUGCUUAUGAAUAAAUCUGAUCAAUUAGAAGGUGAGAUCUAUGAUCUUACAAAAAAACUUAUUUCAUUGGAAAACGAUAUUUAUGAUGUAAAAAAGUCUAUUCUGGACAUCAAGAUGGCUCAUUUGGUGAACGCAACUAACGUAACUGUGUCCGUUUCCAACGAUUUAAGAAAAAUGAUGCAAGAUCUCAAUGAUCUUACACUGGCUAAAUUGAAGCAUACUGAAGAAAACUUGGACUUCAAGAUCUAUCAACAAUCAUUCAAGUACGAUAAACUAAAAGAAUCCUCGGAGGAAAAUGCUGCGAAGCUACUUAUUUUGAAAAAACAAUCAGACGCAUUAUUAAACAAUCAUUACCCAUUACAACAAGAGUUGAAAUCGUAUCCUACAACUGGUUUAAGUUCUAAUCAAGUGAUGAUCAUUUUCAUUCUCAUAAUUUUAGUAGCCUUACUUGCGAUCGUCGUAGUGGUAGUGUAUCGCAACCGAGUUGCAUUUGGUGUACGUCGUAACGCACGCUUCAGCACUUCCAGUACGCUUGCUACAAUGGUGGAUAACGAAAUAUAAAGCAUGCAUCCAGGCAUAACCAUCAUCAAAUGUUUUAAGGUGAUUAGUUGUUACAUGGAAAAAUUCAUUACAAAGUAGGUUUACUAGCUCCGUAUGUUUUAGUUAAAAUAAAUGAUGAUAAUCAAUAUUUUAUAUACAAGUU